AUGACCUCGUAUAUUGUUGGAGCCAAGUUUCCUGGCCAUGAGGCGUUCCCCAAAGACCUGCCGAGUGUGUUUGACCUUCAAAACCUGAUUGAGAGUGCGUGGGACAAGGGCAUCAACUCCCGAGGCCGCAUUGAAACGGGCGGCAUCCGCCUGACACGCAAGUACAUCGGCACGCCCGAGGCCGUAGCUUUGUUCCAGAGUCUUAGUAUUCCUUGCAGCAUAAACGCCUUCAAGCAUAAGACGCCAGAGAAGUCGAGAGACGCACUGCUGCGCGACGUGGAGCACUACUUCAGCAAGGGCUUCUACUUGCCAGGGCAAAAAGUGCGCAGCACGACGUUGCCGCCGAUUUACUGGCAGCACCCGGGCCAUUCGCUCACGAUUGUCGGCAUCGAGAAGACCACCACAGGCGAGAUGAACCUGCUCGUAUUCGACCCUAUUUUCCGCAACGGCUCGACUAUGACCCGUUUUGUAUCUCGCCAACAGCGGCUGGAUGACCAGCUUCUACGACCAUACCGCCGUGGUACGCGGUACCUGGCACGGUACCGUGCAUUUGAGAUUCUCAAGUUCGUUGUCUGUCUGUUUACGGCGUAG